AUGGCCAAAGACUACGACUCCGACUCCCCAGGCCCUUACGAGGGCUCGAACGAGAAGGCCCUCGGCAACGACUUUACAACCCCUGUUGACGAUGACUCGACCGACAACCAACCCAGGCAGGAGGAGACGCACCGCUCCCUCAAGCCUCGCCAGAUCAGCAUGAUUGCCAUUGGCGGAGCGAUCGGCGCUGGGUUCCUCGUUGGCUCAGGGACAUCGCUGUCGCGCUCUGGACCGGCAUCAAUGCUCAUCGCUUACAUCUGCAUGGGAUUCUGCUGUUUCGCCACGAUGAUUGCUCUCGGUGAGAUGUCGACCAAGUUCCCCACCAAGAAGGGCUUUGCAGGCCACGCAACCCGCUGCGUCGACCCUGCGCUCGGCUUCGCCACCGCCCUCAUCUACCUGUGCAAGUACCUCAUCGUGUCGCCGAACCAGCUCGUCGCGGGGUCCUUGAUGAUCAGGUACUGGAGUGACCUCAACGGCGCAGUGUGGGUCACCAUCCUCGGUGCGCUCGUGUUCGCCAUCAACCUGCUGGGCAUCAAGUGGUUUGGCGAGGUCGAGUUCUGGCUCAGUCUCUUCAAGAUCACCGUCCUCACUGGCCUGAUUAUCCUCGGCCUUAUUAUCGACCUUGGCGGUGUUCCUGGCCAGGACCGCAUCGGCUUCCGUUACUGGAAGAAGGCGGCCUUCAAGUCGUACAAGAUCCCUGGCAAGAAGGGACAGUUCCUCGGUUUUGUUAACGCCCUCGUCCUCGCAUUACUCGCUUUCAUGGGCAGUGAGCUGCUCGGUAUGACUGUCGGUGAGGCCAAGAACCCUCGCAAGACCAUCCCCUCGGCUGUUAAGAAGACAUUCUUCCGCAUCGCCUUCUUCUUUGUCUUCGGAACCUUUGUCGUUGGACUCGUCGCCGACUCGACGUCGCCCCUUCUGGCGACAGGUAGCGGUAGCCACGGAGGCUCCUCCGCCUCUCCUUGGGUGGUGGCCAUCAAGCUCGCCAACAUCAAGGUGCUCCCUGGAAUCAUCAACGGCUGCCUGCUCGUCUACACCAUUUCGGCCGCCGUCUCUGACCAGUACAUUUCCUCUCGCACGCUCUACGGCAUGGCGAUGGACGGACACGCUCCGGCAUGCUUCAAGUACUGCACUCGACGCGGCGUCCCAAUCACUGCGUUCGCCUUCACCGGCGCUUUCAUGGGCCUGGCAUACUUGGUCGCAGCCGACUCUGCCCUCGUAAUCUUCAACUACUUUGUCAACACCGUCACGCUCUUCGGCGGCCUGUCGUGGAUUGCCAUCCUUGGCUCGCACAUUGGCUUCAUGAGGGGCCACAAGGCGCAGGGCAUCCCCAGGUCGGCUCUUCCCUUCGCCUUCCGCUUCCAGCCGUACAUGUCGUGGAUCGCUCUCGUCAUCACCUUGGUCCUCAUGCUCUUCAAGGGCUUCGACUCAUUCCUCCCCAUCAGCAAGUUCUCUACGACUGGAUACAAGUCCUUCAUCACCCACUACAUCGGUCUCCCAGUGUUCGUCUUCGGCUACUUUGGAUACAAGAUUGUGCACAAGACCAAGAUUGUCGACCCCAAGACCAUGGACCUCGUGGCCGGUGGUCGCGAGUUCCACGAUGUGGUGGAGGAUGAUGAGGAGGAGGUGGCGUACAAGGCCAUGACGUUUAAGCAGAAGGUCGGUUACCAGAUUAAGAACUGGUAG